UUCGACACGAUAAUCAAAACAUUGCAGUGACACUCCGCGACCGCUAGAUGGCAGCAUUUCACCGCAGAUCAUUUUAAUGAGCGAAACAAAAAGCGCUGCUCGGAGUUCUGUGGAAAGUUGCCAGGUCCGCGGUUUUCCCGCGGAAUUGGGCUACUUUUGAAGUGUUGCCGCUGGUUCGGGUAGACCUAUUUUGCAUGCAAAUUACAUGAAUAUCUUUAAAUAAAAAUCCAUAUUUUAAAUGAAAUAAUUUAUUUCUACCCAAAUCCUACCAAACUGACUCCAGAUCAGCACGUACACACAUGGACAUGGGACACGCCCACAUACACACACGCACCUAAAGCUCUCGCCGCUCUCAGUCUCCCGCGACCCGCUCGAUCCCAACUCUGGUCUGGUAGUUAGUGUAGCUAGCUACACUGGAGAAACAUGCCACCCGGUAAGUGGGCUAAAUACGGGAAGAAAUAUACGAAAGAAUGGGAAAGUGAAAACGGAAUUAAAGAAUGGAUAGAACGGGGAUGAUACCAAAGCUUUUUGUCGGUACUGCAAAACCGAGAUUCGUGCGCACCACAGUGAUCUCCAAAACCACAGCAAAACGGGGAAACACAUUCGAAAUGCUGCUCCGUUCUCCAGUUGUCGAGCAGGGAGGAAGAGAGAAAAGGGAAGAGAAAGCCUCAAGACAAAGCAACAGACCUGGCAACCCUGGUGGAAACAUUCAUUCAUUCAUUGAGUGACAAAGGGGAGGCGAGCAUGUACGUGCAUGCACGUGCACGGAGGAGGUGACUGAGUCCGCGGUCCGGGUCCACUGGGUGCAGGACUAGUGGGCGGAGCUGCAGAGAGUCGGUCUUCUCUCACGCAGAGAAGUCCUCCAGAUCCUCUCCGACCAGAGAUGAGUGAGAAGAAGGCCGUGUUGUUCAACCUGUGGGGCGUCGCGGUCCCGGCCGGGCCUCACGCGGCCCUGCAGCGGCUGGAGGAGCUGCACGCGCUGCCGGGCGGUUUCCUGUCCGGAGUGGCGUCCCUGAAGGACGGCGCCAUGAGCCGGGCGGAGAGAGGCCAGCUGACGCUCUCUCAGAUGAUCCCGGCCUUCGAGGCGGAGUGCGUGAACGAGGCCCGGCUCAAGGGUGUGACUCUGCCGUCUGAUUGGUCGGCGAGACGCCUGCUGGAGGAGCUCAGAGAGACGGCGAUGGACGUCCAACCAGCCGUGCUGAAGACGGCGGCCCGUCUGCGUCAAAGUGGGUUACUGACAGCUGUCCUGGCCAAUCACUGGCUGGACGACGCCCCCUCAGCGGGCGGUCCGGCCCGCCUCCUCUCUCUGCUGGGCGCCAGCUUCGACCUGGUCCUCCAGUCCUGCCGCUCGGGCCACAGGGUCCCAGAGCCCGCCAUGUUCAGCUGUGCCCUGCGGCAGCUGGGGGUGACGUCCCGACAGGCCGUGUGGCUGGACGCGGAGCAGGAAGGAGUGGAGGCCGCACGGGGGGCCGGGAUGGAGGCCAUCUUGGUGGAACAGCUGGACCACGCCUUGGACCAGCUGGCCCUCUUCACCGGGGUCCAGGCUGUCGGAGCAGACGAUCCUCCUCCGUCCUGCAGCCCUGAAGACGUGUCUCAUGGAUAUGUCGCCAUCAGGCCUGGUGUGAGGACUCACUAUGUGGAGAUGGGCUCAGGUCCACCUGUGGUUCUGUGCCACGGUUUCCCUGAGAGCUGGUACUCCUGGAGGUACCAGAUCCCAGCCCUGGCUGCAGCCGGGUUCCGGGUGCUGGCUCUGGACAUGAAGGGGUACGGAGGGUCCACAGCGCCUCCAGACAUCGAAGAAUAUUCUCAGGAGCAGCUUUGCAAGGAUUUAAUCACAUUUCUGGAUAAAAUGGCGAUUCCUCGGGUCACCCUGGUGGGUCACGACUGGGGUGGCAUGCUGGUGUGGACCAUGGCUCAGUAUUUCCCUGAGAGAGUCAGGGCGGUGGCGUCCCUGAACACGCCUCUGUUCCCCGUGGACCCGUCAGUCAGUCCUUCACAGAAGCUCAAGGACGUUCCCAUCUUUGAUUACCAGCUGUACUUCCAAAGAGCCGGCGAGGCCGAGGCCGAGCUGGAGAAAGACCUGGAGAGAACCUUCAAGAUCUUCUUCUUCAGUAGUGCUGAAGUGGGGAAGCGUCCCUCCAUCAGCACCGCAGGAGUCUGCGCUCGAGGAGGCCUGUUCGUGGGUCUGCCAGAGCAGAUUCCUCGCAGCUGCAUCCUGACGGAGGCCGACCUGCAGUACUACGUCAGCCAGUAUGAAGAACAAGGCUUCAGGAGGCCGUUGAACUGGUAUCGCAACGGGGCGCUGAACUGGAAGUGGAUGUGCUCUCGUCCAAUCGGAAAGCUGCUCAUGCCGGCUCUGAUGGUGACGGCAGGUAAAGACCAGGUGCUGCUGCCGGCCUUCUCCAAGGGGAUGGAGGACCUGAUCCCCAACCUGCGCAGAGGACACGUGGAGGAGUGUGGCCACUGGACUCAGAUGGAGAGGCCGGCGGAGACGAACCGCCUCCUGAUCUCGUGGCUGGAAGAGAACCUGAAGAGGGCUGGAGGCGUUACCGUGGCACCCAGACUGUGAGGGGGCGGGGCGAGAUGAUGUCACCGUUAUAUCAAUCUACUAAUAAAACUAAUCAGCCUCAA